AUGGGAUCAAACGGCACAACCCAAAACGGAUCAAACUUCGUUUUGACCGGCGAUGCUCUACACAAAGCUCUCCCCGACAUGGGGAUGGCCACCAGAGCCGUUCACGCCGACGACUUCGUAACUCCACACCGCGCAAUCGCACCUGGAAUGCAUGUCGCCGUGAACUUUCGCUACGCACGAGACCCAGAUCAUCUCGUCCCUGAAGAAAAUAACGACCCCAACGCCCCAGACGACUCACACGUAUAUUCGCGCUACACAGCCCCGAAUUCCAAGCGUCUAGAAGUCCUCCUCCGCAGCCUAUUCGGCGGCGAAGUAAUAACCUACUCAACGGGACUCUCAUCAUUCCUAGCAAUGGUCGUCCUAAUCAACCCAAAACGCAUCUUCAUCGGAGACGGAUACCACGGCUGCCACGGCGUCCUAGACAUCAUCCACCGACUAAACGGCAUAGAAAAGCUCGAGUUAACCGACGUCGACCAAGCCGGUCCAGGCGACAUAAUCCACAUCGAAACACCGCUAAACCCAACCGGUGAAGCGCGCAAUUUAGCCUACUACCGCGCCAAGGCGAGUGAAAAAGGCGCAUAUUUGACAGUUGAUUCGACAUUUGCGCCGCCGCCGCUGCAGAAUCCGCUCGAUUUGGGCGCGGAUAUCGUUAUGCAUUCGGGCACGAAGUAUGUUGGUGGUCAUUCGGAUAUGCUUUGCGGAUUGCUUGUUAUUCACGAGGAUCGGGUUAAGGAUGGGUGGUUGAAGACUUUGCAUAAGGAUCGGCAGUAUAUGGGUGGUGUUAUGGGGAGUUUUGAGGGGUGGUUGGGCAUUCGGUCUGCGAGGACGAUGCAUUUGCGUGUUAUGCGACAGGCUCAGACUGCUGAGAGGCUUGUUGCGUGGCUUCAGGAGCAGUUGAGUGAUAAGAGCUCGAAUCCUGUGAACCAAGUGCUUGAGCGGGUGCAGCAUGCUUCGGUGCAGUAUGAGGAUUUGAAGGAUGGGUGGCUGCGGAAGCAGAUGCCUGGUGGAUUUGGGCCUGUGUUUUCGAUUUGGGCGAAGAGUCCUGAGCAUGCGCGGAGCUUGCCGAGUAAGAUGUUUGUUUUCCAGCAUGCUACGAGUCUGGGUGGUGUUGAAAGCUUGAUGGAGUGGCGGGCGAUGAGUGAUGCUGGUUGUGAUCCGCUGCUUUUGCGGAUUAGUUGUGGCAUUGAGGAGUUUGAGGAUCUGAAGAAUGAUAUUCUGCAGGGAUUCAAAUCUUUGUUGCAGGAGAACUGA